UAAUAUCAAGAACAGGAAAAUUUCGAAGUGUGGAGGGCUGAUGGCCGCAGUAGAUUCGUGAUGCGAACUCCAUUCAACUCCAAUCCAACCCUUCCUCACCCAUCACUCUUUCCUCUCUCUGUCAGCGAGGCAAAUCAAGCCGCCCAUUGGCGUCGAUUUCGUCGGAAGCUGCCCAUCUCUCCGGCGAUCGCCUCCCUCUGCUCUUCGCCUUUUCCCUCCACGUUUCUUCCUUGCCUCACUCCGUCGAUGCUGCAGCGGGCAGCUUCUCGGCGAUCUCGCCCCCUGCGGUUAAAUGAUGGAAAAGAUUUCUUCUUUGUGUUUGCUCUCACCUUCCUUUCUGCUUCAGAUGCGAGACGGGGGAACUAAGGGUCCAUUCUUAGAGGACUCUCCGGAGCUUCCCUCAUGGCCGUUGUAAACCUUGUUCUUUGACUUCUCUCUCUCUCUCUCUCUCUCUCUCUCUCUCUCUCUCUCUCUAUCUCUCUUCUGAUCUUGGGUUUAGUUCUUGGUUCUACGUCUUCUUAAUCUUUUCAAUUGCUAUAUCAUCUGUUAGUCUACUCUUGGAUCGUAUGAUCUUUCUUGUCUUCAAAUCCUCCUGAAGAAUGCUCAGCCACCACUGUCAUGGCAAGUUCUAUGAACAUCUUCUUCAGUGGCCUUACAAGGGGGAAAAAGACACAUGAAGUAAACGACUAUAUGUUCUCAGCUACUGACUCUUUCUUCACCAAGCUGCAGUUUCUUUGAUUGCCGCACCGACAAUAAAGGUAGCCACCAGCAGCAGCAAUCAGCAUGACAGGAAGAAUCCAAAGCAACUCAGAUCACCUCAGUUAGAGUCUCUCUCUCUCUAACUCUUAUUAAAGGCACAGGAGGAAGCCUGUCCACCUCCCACCGCUGGUUUCCUUCUCUAGCUGGUGAUCUUUUCCUGUGCUGUUUUGUUGAAGAGAUGAAGAAAAUUGUGGUGAAGGUGGACGUACAGGACGACAAGGAGAAGCAGAAGGCCAUGAAUGCCGUCUCGGCGCUGCAAGGGAUCGACUCCAUCGCGAUGGACAUGAAGGAGAGGAAGAUGACGGUGAUCGGCGCCGUCGAUCCCAUCAACGUCGUAGAGAAACUGAGGAAAUGCUGGCCCACCGCGAUCGUCUCGGUCGGGCCCAAGGAAGAGCCGAAGAAGGAGGAGCCGAAGAAGGAAGAGGCCAAGAAGGACGAGGGGGACAAGAAGAAAGAGUGUGACAAGAUGAUCAAGGAGCUCGUCGACGCCUACAAGGCGUACAACCCUUGCAUGACCACCCGAUACUGCGUGCAGAGCGUCGAGGAGAACCCCAACGCCUGCGUCAUCCUGUGAAGUCAUGUUAUUGUUGGAUGAAAUGAUGAUGGAGGAGUCGAAGCCUUUCUUGAUUGUAUGGUUCGAGGAAUUCACAGUCCAAAGAUAAAAGCUUCAUGGUUUCGCUUUCA